ACCCCGGAACAACUUGAGUGUGUUUGCGUCCUCGAGUGAGGUGAAACUGUCAAAAUCAUGUCCAGUUCUAAGAGGAUAACGCUCAUAUUUGGAGGCUUCGUUGCAGCUGUUGCUGCAGCUUUUUAUCCUAUAUUUUUUCAUCCUCUCACACACUCUGAAGACUACAAGCAAGUGCAGAAGGUGAACCGGGCUGGAGUCAAUCAAGCAGACAUACAGCCUGUUGGUGUGAAGGUCUGGUCUGAUCCCUACAAGCCCAAAUCAUGACUCCUGUGAUUAACUUAUGGAUGAAAAGGACGAAUGCGUCCCUCAUGGAGGACUGAGUAUUCGAGACACACUGACAAAACUCUUUGCUACCAUGCAUCAAAUAAGACCUUAUGUAUGGGUGAAUAUUCCUUACUUGUGGGAAUGAUUAAUGAGAACGACUUGUCAACAAACUAAAAAUGUAAAGCAUUUAAAAAAUAUGAUAAUUGACUUUUUGUUUGUACUCAUUCAGGUUUAUUUAUGGAGUAACUUUGUUUUGCCGUUAUUGUUCUGAAUAAAAUCAAAUCUUAAACUGUUGUAA